CAGUAACGAGUGAUUGCCUUGAACCUCAGGUCUCAUCCAUAUGUCUCGAGAGCUCAAUUGCAAGAGACUGCAAGUCGGGCCUUACGACAGGAGGAGGCAAUGAUCGGGAACUUUGAUCUGGGCAGACCAAAUUGUAAUCCAGAGCACGUGGGAUGACACACUCGGAGAUUUCCAUCGCCAAUUAUAAAGGUCGUAUGACUGAUCUUAAAAUCUAAACACUGCUCUCCUUUCUUCUACUCACUCACUCUCCAUCUCCUAUAUACCACAGUCAAUAUGAAUCAAGAUAAUGUCGAGAAGGACGAUUCAGUGAAGCAUUCUCAGCCAAUUCCGAUGGUUACUCAUCAUUGGAGGCACCGCUCUACCUCAGUUUCGUCGGACGCGUCGACCUUUCCCGGCGGGUCGCCCCCGCAACUGCAGACCCCAUUGAGCGCCAACUCUCCCCGUGUUCCAGUUGCUUCCCCAUCUAGUUCUCCUAUCCUUUCUUUCCUGUCCCAGUCCCCAACCUCAAAAUCCCCAUCUUCGCAUUCUUACCGUGGAUUUGGUGGACAGCCUUCGUUUGAUGAGGACACUCCCGAGGAACUUCCAGCAACUAUUCAUGCCCGUCGAUCCGGCACGUCUGGGCUGUUUGCACCCGCUCCACCUGUCCCUGAUGGUCAUCACGACCGUGGAGCUGGGUUGUUAAGGCGUCUUUCGCUUGGAAGCGCACUUGCAAAGCCUCCCAAUGUGAAUGAUCUUCGCUCCCGAAGUCCCUCGAGUCCCACUGUCCCACCUAACUCCGCAAUCUCCCCUACCAUGUCAACUUUACCCGUAUUUGCUGUUCGCAGGGCAAAGCGCUCAGCGACGGUGAGCAUUGAUCCUGGACGCCAACGUCGCGCGCCUUCUCCCAUGGGCGAGAGGAUCCUGAAGGGUCAUUUCGACGGCUUCAAUUGACAGGCUCGAUGCUCAUCAUCAUCAUCAUCAUCAUGUCCUUGCCUUUCAUAUACCCUCUCGCGCGAACAUUGUUCUCGUCGUUCUCAAACCGUAUCCCAUCAAUAAUGUCCUUGAUUG